UCCACCUCCUUAUCUCACCUGUCAGGCUGUAAAAAACAAACAAAAAAGAAAGUGAGCGGCUGAAAGACCCUGCCGCAGAGCUGACAUGCAGUCUCCGGGGAAAGACUCGCCCGUCAGACCCGGUUUCCACAGGCAGGAGAUCCAGAAAACGACGUGGGACGUCCCGCAGACGUACGCGGCCCUGAGUCCGGUGGGCUCCGGCGCCUACGGGACAGUAUGUUCUGCCAUCGACCAAAAGACGAAGGAGAAGGUGGCCAUCAAGAAGCUGCACCGGCCUUUCCAGUCCCUCAUCCACGCCAAACGGGCCUACAGGGAGCUGCGGCUGCUGCGCCACAUUCAGCACGAAAACGUCAUCUGCCUCCUUGACGUCUUCACACCCGACUCCACGUUGGAGAAAUUCCAAACUUUUUACAUGGUGAUGCCCUUUGUAGCCCAGGAUCUGGGCCACAUAAUGAAGAGGAGGAGAUUAACUGAUCGCAUCAUCACAUACCUCUUUUAUCAGCUCCUCAGAGGGCUGAAGUACAUCCACUCUGCAGGGAUCAUCCAUCGGGAUCUGAAGCCUGGAAACCUCGCCGUGAGCGAAAACUGCGAAUUAAAGAUUCUGGACUUUGGUCUGGCGAGACAGACGGAGAGUGAGAUGACCGGUUACGUCGUGACGCGCUGGUACAGAGCCCCAGAGAUCAUUUUCAACUGGAUGCACUACAGCCAGACAGUGGACGUGUGGUCAGCCGCCUGCAUCCUGGCCGAAAUGAUCACCGGCCAGGUGCUCUUCCCAGGACACGACAGUAUCGACCAGCUGAAGAAGAUCCUCCGCCUGACCGGAACGCCAGACGCCUCCCUGGUGCAGAAGAUGCAGAGUAAAGACGCUCAGUCGUACGUGCAGGGUCUCCCUCCACAGAAGAAAAAGAAUUUCAAGGAGGUGUUCCCCACCAUGGAGGAGAACGCUGUAAAGCUCUUGGAGGGGAUGCUGCUGCUGGAUCCGGAGCUGAGGCUGACCGCUCAGCAGGGCCUGACCCAGCCCUUCCUGGCCGAGUACCACGACCCGGAGAGCGAGCCGGACUCCAAGCCUUACGACGACUCGUUCGAAAGCCUGGAGCUGGCCAUUGGCGAGUGGAAAAGUCUCAUCCACAUGGAGAUCAUGACCUUCGACCCCGACAAUCCAUGCAAGACCGCCAUUUAGACGCUAUUUGUGUGUGAGGUUAAAUCUAGGUCAUUAAAUCAAACUGUAGGGCUUUGCCUAACAGGGAUUUGUUGUAUUGAUUGCUGCUCUAAAUAGAGUAAAACAGAUUAAUCAAUUUGGGGAGGUGACUUGAAUUCUUACGACCAUUUCAUUGCCAUUGUUUGUCGUGUGAUAUAUUCCUAAUAUGUUUUUCAUUUUUAUUUCCACCUUUAUACCUUAAAUGUUGCUCCAUUCUGUCAUUUGUUUUUUCAAAUUGACAAAGGUUGUUAAUAAAAGCAGAGACUGUGGA